AUGGCAGAUCAAGAGAAGAAGAGAGUUACAGCCUCGGAUGCUGAGGACUUUGUCCAAAGAGUGCUCGAGAAGAACGGCGUACCGUCAUCAAACGCCUCUAUAGUCGCCAAAUGCCUCGUGGAAGCCGACCUCCGCGGUGUUGAUACCCAUGGCAUAAACCGCAUCCCAUCCUACAUGGAACGCAUCCGUCAGGGCGUUCUGGACCCCAAAGCAUCUCCGUCCUUGACCCAGGUUACUCCUGUUGUUGCCCGUAUUGACGGACAAAAUGCAUUUGGUUUCAUCUCUGCCACCAUAGCCAUGGAUCGUGCGAUUGGAAUGGCCAAGGAGUUCGGCAUCGGCAUGGUCUCGGUACAUAACUCGAACCAUUUUGGCAUGUCAGCCUCUUUUGUUAGACAAGCCGUUGAUGCAAACAUGAUGAGCUUUGUUUUCACCAAUUCCUCGCCUGCUCUACCCGUUUGGGGUGGAAAGGAGAAACUGAUGGGUGUAUCUCCAAUUGCCUGUGGGGCGCCAUCUGGCCCCAACUCGCCUCCUUUCAUCCUAGACAUGGCUCCUUCUGUCGCUGCUAGAGGGAAAAUAUACAAGGCUCAUCGCAGAGGUGAGACUAUUCCAGAAGGCUGGGCCCUGGAUGCAAACGGCUCGCAUACUACCGAUCCUGCCGCUGCUCUUCAGGGAGUGAUGUUGCCUAUGGGAGGCCCCAAGGGCUCUGCCCUCUCUAUCAUGAUGGAUGUCUUCUCCGGCGUACUCUCAGGCUCUUCGUUUGCCGGACACGUCACUGGUCCAUAUGAUCCGUCAAAACCAGCUGGUGUGGGACAUUUCAUCAUGGCGCUGAAGCCUGACUUGUUUUUAAGUCUCGAUGAAUUCAAAGACAGAAUGGACUACCUCUACAAGCGGGUUGUUAGCUGCGAGAAGAUGCAGGGCGUGGAUAGGAUCUACUACCCUGGCGAGAUUGAGAUUAUUACCUCGCAAGAAAGGGCGAGAGACGGUAUUCCUUACGUUCAGGCGGAGAUCGAUGCUCUUAAUAAAGAGGCGGACCUUGUAGGCGCUUGUCAUAUCGCUAUUAAAGCGUAG